GAGAGCAAGUGAACAAGUUUGUAUGUGAUUGUUGUUUACAUCCCUAGCAUGUGAGUUGUUUAAGUUUUACGGCUAAUCUUCGAAACAGUUAUACAUUGUUUGCGGUGCUGUCAGCUUACCCACCAGGCUUCAAGUUUAAGUAAAUUUACUAUAACCGCCCGUCUUGUUCGUUUAAAGACACUGACUGAGUUUAAAUUCUUAUCUGUAGUCAACAACGCCACUCAGGCGGCGCAUAAACAUCGACUUGCUUGAUUUGCCUGCUAAACGCAGGAUACAUUCGCAUCGAUUGCUCUUUAGAACUCUCCGAUGGAUCCAAAGAAAAGUACUGAGAAUGGCGUGGAGGACAGUGUAGCCAGUAAUGAUGAAGAUCUUUAUGUUUGUGACCAGUACAGUGUGGCCAGCAGUGUGGACAGCACAGCAGAGGAAAUGUUAAGGAAUGGUCUUGACCCUGUUCUAGAUUGGCCUUCACCUGAUAUUUACUCACCAGAUGAGGACUGCGACCUACAGCAGAGAAAGAGAUCCCGUCUGUCUUCCACAUGUUCUGCUGCUGGAGGAGAUGGCAGGGAGAGUGAAAAUGAUGGCUUGUCAACAGAAAGGUGGCGCAGCUUAGAUGAAACAGAUGUUGAACCGCUUCAGCUAGACUUCACACCUGUCCAAGAACCUGGACCAAAGUUUUUACCAAGCAAUUGUAGCAGUCCUCUCCAGUUUUUUCAGCUGUUCUUUCCAAAAACAAUGAUGCAGUCUAUUGUAGGGCACACAAAUGUCUAUGGGAGCAAGUGCAAGGAUGUGGGUAAUCCUUGGCUCUACCUUUCUCUGAAAGACUUGAAGUCGUACAUAGGACUGGUAAUUUACACAAGUCUUUUGAAGUGCUCUUUACUGACAGAAUAUUGGCGGGAGUCCCAGUACUUCAGUCCAUCCUUUCCUGCACAUGUCAUGUCUUAUCAAAAAUUUGUGACAAUCGCCAAUACUCUUCAUUUCAGCAAUACCAUCGAAGAUGAGAAAAAUUACUUGAAGAAGGGAACAGCAGCCUAUGAACGGUUAGGUAAAAUUCUACCUCUAUCUCAACUCAUUCGAGAGGCCUGCAAGACCCAUUUUCAUCCCUUUCAGAACAUCACCAUUGAUGAAAGAAUAGUGGCAGCACAGCCUAGAGCUGGACUCAAACAAUCCAUGGAAGACAAAUCUGCAGAUAGAGGAUACAAACUCUUUGCACUGACAGACUGCACCUGUGGCUAUACAUGGGACUUCUUAAUUUACGAGGGGAAGUCAUGUGCGUCACAGAAUGUGGGCCUGAGCUAUGAGUCCGUUAUGGCAUUGGUGGAUGAAAAUAUGUUGGGCUCUGGGUACAAACUGUUUGUGGACAAAUUUUACACCAGCCCCACACUCUUCAGGGACCUCUUGUGUAAAAAGUUCUGGGCUUGUGGCCCUGUUUUGUCGACCAGGAAGGGUUUCCCAAAAAUCUCAGUGAAUAGAUUGUCGAAGAACGCUCCACGCGGCACCAUGCGCUGGAUCAGGGACGAUAAUCUUCUGUUUAUUGAGUGGAAAGACUCCCAGGAAGUGCAGAUGUGCUCCACCUUCCAUAAAGCUUAUGAAGGUGAUACUGUGCAGAGAAAGGUGAAAAGCGAUGCACUUCGGACCCUUAAGGAGGUUCCCAUUCCAGCUGUGGUGCUGGACUACAACAGGAAUGUGGGGACAGUGGAUCCAUCCAGUUUCAUCACUGGACAUUACAGAGUUCUACAUAAACCAAAAAAGUGGUAUCAGUGUGUUUUUUAUCACCUUUUGGACAUUGCCGUAGAGAAUGCGUUCAUUUUGCAUGAACUGGCGGCCAAGAGAAAAAAACAAAAAACUCUGACACGGAAGACAUUCUUCGAGACGCUUGUUUUAGAGCUUACAGAAAUGGAUGCUGAGAACAGGUUUGAAUCUGCAUCAGUUUCCUCUGCUCCCAUCUCGUCUUCUCCUUCCGCUCCUGUUUCAGCUCCUCCCUCAUCUCCUGAAUCAUCACUUCCUGAAGGAACCCACAGGCCCAAGCACUUCAAGCCGGACAGUGCUCUCGGUAGGCGCAAGUGCAAGCUCUGCCACCUGAAAACUCCAGUCAUGUGUGUGACUUGUGAAGUGCCAUUGUGCUUUCAACCCAAGCGUGACUGUUUUAAUCAGUGGCAUGAAUAUAAGGUUUUUAUUCAUGAUGGGUUUAAAUUUGAAUAUACGUAAAUAUGUUUGGUUUACCCUGCUUCAUUUCCUGACACUUAUUUGAAUAUUUAAGUAAAAGUUUUGUUCUAAAAUGGAAACAAGUAUGGGUAAUAUUUCUAAUAUCAUCUGCUUUUACAGUCAGUGCUGCUAACGCGUCUACUUUUGCCAAAGAAUAUGUGGAACAAUCAAUGGAGGACAUAAAGGUCUUGUGGAAUUAUGUCAAUGUCAGUGCUGCAUUACCUUUCAAACGUUUGGGGCUGAUAAUUUUUCACAAAG